UGGGUGCCGCGGUCAUGUGACUUCGGGAAGAUGGCUACCCUGACAGCGGAGCAUUUUGCAGCACUCCAGAGCCUGCUCAAGGCCUCCUCAAAAGAUGUUGUCAGACAGCUGUGUCAAGAAAGCUUUUCCAGUUCAGCCCUUGGCUCGAAAAAACUCUUGGAUAUUACAUGUUCCAGCUUGUCUGUGACCCAGGAGGAGGCAGAGGAACUGCUCCAGGCUCUGCACCGCCUCACUAGGCUGGUGGCAUUCCGUGACCUGUCCUCUGCCGAGGCGAUUCUGGCUCUCUUUCCCGAAAAUUUCCACCAAAACCUCAAAAACCUGCUGACAAAGAUCAUCCUAGAACAUGUGUCUACUUGGAGAACCGAAGCCCAGGCAAAUCAGAUCUCUCUGCCACGCCUGGUCGAUCUGGACUGGAGAGUGGAUAUCAAAACCUCCUCAGACAGCAUCAGCCGCAUGGCCGUCCCCACCUGCCUGCUCCAGAUGAAGAUCCAAGAAGAUCCCAGCCUAUGUGGAGACAAACCCUCCAUCUCAGCUGUCACCGUGGAGCUGAGCAAAGAAACACUGGACACCAUGUUAGAUGGCCUGGGCCGCAUCCGAGACCAACUCUCUGCCGUGGCCAGUAAAUGAUCCAGCCAGCUGCCAGGGCCACUGCCAUGACCCAGCUGCUCAUGAGUGAUAAAUGUCUCCCCAUAUGCAGGCUGCCCUUGCAGCUGCAGCUGACAACAGGCAGGAUGGUGGGAACAGCAGGGGGCUACUGCCAUCCAGAAGUUACAGUUGGAUUGGGAAGAAGCAGCCAGAUCCCCCGCUGUUCUCCUCACUCAUCUUCUUUCUCUUUCUGAAGCUGGAGAGCAGAAGGCCCAUCUUUGAAAAGCUCCUGAGUGCAACUUAAUUACCACCAUGGCAGGGUGAGGGAACAUUUGCGUCGUCAGCUGCCUCUGCAUAGCUGUUUGGGAAAUUCAGGCCCAAAUCAUGCAGCCUAUCCAAUAAGUUUAUUUCCAACAUUAGCUCUAAUUAGUUCAUUUCCAAUCCCAGAACACAUGGAGGGAAUCAGACAGGUGAUGCCAGCAGUUCCCGCUCCUCUGUCAGGGAAGCCAGGCAGAGCCCACAGAGCAUGGUCCAUCCAGAGUGUUCCCUGAGCCCCCUCCACCAUACUGGAACCCCUCUUCAGUGUAGAAAGUCUGAAAUGGGUGCUAAUUCCCUUCUUCAUGAAACCAGGGCCCUCUUCCUUCAUCUAAUGCAGCCACUCCUAGGUGAAUAAGUAGAAAUAAUUGGAAAUAAACAACAGUUCUAAAACUUC